UAAUUUUACAUAUAUUUCUUGUAAUAAUAAAAAAAAGAAGUUUCUCCACAAAAGCAAUUGUGAACUCCACUUGAAGUGAAGGAACGCGAGGAGAGCCAACAAAGAUAACUGCUCUGUGGCUCUCUCUACCUUCCAAAUUGCUGUAACGUAACGCCUUCACUUCCCAUCCUUCUGAAUUCUCUUCUUCCGAAAUCCGACCAUGGCAUCUAUCUCGCCGUCGGGAGUCUCCCUCCGCCGCAGCUCCGCCGCUUUCCACCACCAGCUGCCUUGUCUGCUCUUAUCUCUCCCAUGCCACAAAGUUGCUACUUUCGCUAAAUGUUUCCUCUCCGUACGCCUUUGGAACUCGCGCAACCAUUUUUCCGUUACCGCCAGCAACACUUUGACGGCCAAUUCAGCAGAGCCAAGAAAUGGUGUAUAUACAGUAGGUGAUUUCAUGACAAGAAAAGAUGAUCUACAUGUGGUAAAACCAUCAACAUCUGUAGAUGAAGCCUUGGAAACGUUGGUAGAACGCAGAAUCACUGGUUUCCCUGUGGUUGAUGAUGACUGGAAAUUGGUUGGUCUUGUUUCUGAUUAUGAUCUAUUGGCUCUGGAUUCUGUAUCAGGUACAGGAGGAGCUGAUGCAAACAUGUUCCCCGAAGUGGGCAGCAACUGGAAAACAUUCAAUGAGGUUCAAAAGUUGAUAAGUAAGACCAAGGGGAAAGUGGUUGGUGAUUUGAUGACGCCUGCUCCACUAGUAGUUAGGGAGUCUACCAAUCUAGAGGAUGCAGCAAGACUUCUGCUCAAAACAAAAUACCGCCGGCUUCCUGUUGUAGAUAGUGAUGGAAAGCUGGUGGGAAUAAUAACAAGGGGAAAUGUUGUGAGAGCUGCCCUUCAUAUUAAACGGAUCAUGGAAAUGGAAGGCCAACAGUAAUCAAUUGGAAUUCGCGCAUAGAUGCAGUUCAGUUGGAGAAUCAUAUGUUGUUCAUUUCCCUAAGAGAAGGGGGUGACAUAAGACAGUUAAACUUACAUUAGCAGGAUUUGCCAACCGGUUGAACCUAGGAUAUUUAUGUAAAAGUUUAGAAGAUGAAAAUGAACCUUCCUCAGUGUGCAAGAUAUACAUAGUUUAAUUAUUUUGUAGAUAAUACAGUUCCAUUGCUCCAUGAAAAUUAUUUGUGAGUCAAAAUUCCUCACAGUUAUGAGCAACAGAAGAACAUAUCAUUUGUUUGUAAUUGGAAGGAAUUUUAAUUUAGGUGGACAUUUUUAAAAGGAGGCUUCUUUUGAGUUAGGGAGUUUAAAAACUUCUUCAUUGGAUA